CGUCCGAAUUCCGAAAGCCUCUAUCUCUCUCUCAUCAAAAACUUCGUCGGUUUUCGAGGCAGUGGCGCCUUGGUUUUCAAAUCGGAGAAGCUAGAUUUUUUUGGGAGAUACGUAACCCUAAUUGUUCAAGUCCAACAUGAUAUUGAGGACUCCGCCGCCGAAGAAAGCCCGGUCCGAAGCCGGCGGCAGCUCCACCCCCACCGGGGACCAGCUCGUUAUCUACGAAGAUUCUCCUCUUCCUGCUCCGCUUCAAACAGCUUCUCAUGACCAUUCCGAUCAGCACCUUUGCACCUAUCAGUGCCGCCAAAUGGUUAAAUCUGAUGUUCUAGAUGCCUUAAGCAAAGCAGAGAAACAAGCGCAGGGGUAUCAGACCAUGUUACAGACUCUAAAUCAGAAUUUCACCCAAGCAGACGAAGAAAGAAAGCAAUUUCGAGAUAAGUUCUUAUACUCGGAGCAAGAACUUGCUGCUGCCAAAGGGCGUGAAAAGGUGCUUCAGGAGCAGCUCCUAAUGGAGAUGAAUAAUUCUCAAGAGCGGUAUACAAAAGCACUACAGUCUUGCCAUGACCUGGAGGUAAAGCUUCAAAGUGAAAUGAACCUCCCAACGAAAGCCGAGUCUUCAGUUGCAACAGCAGAAGAAAAAGCUAAACUUUUGGAAGAAAAACUAAGUCAGUUGUCUGGUAGUGUGGAGAGGGAGAGAAAUCGUCUGAAUAAUGAUAUUGCCCACUUGGGUAAAGAAGCAAAGCUUUCUGUAUCUAGAAUUGGUGCAGAUCUUGAAAGGAUGCAAUGUAGAGCACAGAGUGCAGAGACGGAGUCAGAUCUCUUAAGAUCACAGCUGGAGGAUCUUAAACAUAAAUUUGACGAGUGUUUGCACGAAAAAACUGAAGUAUACAAGAAGCUUUCGUCGUUCACUUCUGAAGCAGCUUCUCCUUCUGAUAACAAUGUAUUGUUUAAAACUCUCCUGGAGGAACUUAAGCGCUGUGAAGCUGAAGUCCGAGAAGCUAGAAAGCUAAAAUCACAGCAAUUAGAUGCUGAGCUGUUGAAAGUGAAAUUACUGGAAGAAAAAAGCCUUAGGGAGAGAGCAGAAUCAGAGUUAUCAAAAUUGCCUGAAUUGCAGAUAAGCUUUGACAAAUUGGAGAAUGAGUUGUGCUCUUGGAAGUCAUUGCUAAACAACAUUCCUGGUGUAUCCUGUCCUGAUGACGCUGUUAUGAAAUUCUCGGCGCUGCAAAAGGAGGUUCUUGAUAGCACUAUGAAGAUUGGGGAAGCAAGUACACGUUUUAACCAACUGGAGGCGGCUCUGGAUGCUACUCAACUUGGCAAGCAGAAUGCUGAAACUGAGGCUGCAUUAGCUAAAGAGAAAUUUGAGGCACUCAAAUCUGAUGUGAAGAGGAUUGAAGCAAUGCUUGCUUUGGUCACAGAAGAGAAAGAACAACUAAAAGCUGUUGUUAGUGAGCGAAGGAAGUCCAACAGUGACGGACCUGUGUCCGCGACAACAGAUGGAACCCUUGCUGAGAGCUUUGAAUCUUCUCUUGCGAAAAAGGAGAACUAUCUUAAGGAGUUGGAGAAGGAGCUAAGUCAACUUAAAGAUGUCAAUAGUCGUCAACGCGAUGAAAUAGAACAUCUGAAUGAUAAAUUAGUCAGUGAAGCAAGGAGAAUGAAGUCGCUGGAACGGGAUAGUGAUCGCCUACGCUCUGAGAUCUCUUUACUGGAGUCAAAGCUGGGACAUGGUGAUUUCUCUGCUGCAAAUACAAGGGUUUUGCGCAUGGUGAAUACUCUUGGUGUAGAGAAUGAGGCCAAACAAACAAUAGAAGCUUUACAAGCAGAGUUACAAAAAACAAAAGAAAGACUUCAAGCUGUUGAAGAAUUGAAGAGCCAGUCAGGAGAUGCAGGUAAGCUAGUUGAUUCUCAUAUAACUGGAAAGAUUGCUCAACUAAAAGAGCAAAUUGCUACACUUGAGAAACGUGAAGAGAGGUACAAAACUGUUUUUGCUGAUAGGAUUUCCGUGUUUAGGAGGGCUUGUUGUGAGCUUUUCGGUUAUAAGAUUGUAAUGGAUGAACAUCAGCGUCCCAAUGGAAUCCCAGUUACUCGUUUUACUCUCCAGUCGAUCUAUGCUCAAAGUGACGGUGAAAAACUUGAAUUUGAUUACGAAUCUGGAAACACUAGCAUCCUAGACAAUCAAUACACCUCUCAGGGUGAGAUAGCGAAGCAGAUAGAAAUAUUCAUCAGGAAAUUCAACUCGAUUCCAGCUUUUACAGCCAAUUUAACAAUGGAAUCAUUCAACCGCCGCACGCUAUACUGAGAGUACCGAGUCAUUAUUCCCAACUCGUUUUUUUUUUUUUUGGUUUGUAUAAAUUCAAAUUCCGCUGAAAGGCCGCAGGCUUAAAACCAAACUCAUCUAUUUAUUAUAUCCAUAUUUGUGGUUGUGUUAUCUCUGCGGGAAGUGUGGUGAUUGGUAACACUCUAUUUUGGUAUAAAAGAUGCUGACGUGAUUUAGAUCAGUGUCUUUUGGAAGCUGGAAGAUCUGAUUUGAUUGUA